AAUACCACCAAACCGUUAAACAAAAAAAUCUCAUAAUACUAUAUAUACAUACAUGUGUGGUACGUAUGUGAUUCUAUCUUCAAAGUCUUAAACUAUGGACCAUCAAGUUUCUUUGCCAACAUCUACCACCACCGGUCUCUCGUUCAAGGUACAUCGCCGGCAGCCGGAGCUAGUCACUCCGGCUAAACCAACGCCACGAGAGCUCAAGCCUCUCUCCGAUAUCGAUGACCAACAAGGACUAAGAUUUCAACUUCCAUUUAUAUUUUUCUAUAGACCUAAUCUUACAAGUAAUCUUGACCCGGUCCAAGUGAUAAAGAAAGCCCUAGCCGAGGCCCUGAUUUACUACUAUCCGUUCGCUGGUAGGCUCCGGGAACUUUCGAACCAGAAACUCGCUGUGGAAUGUACCGGUGAAGGCGUUUUGUUCAUCGAGGCUGAAGCUGACGUUGCGCUUACAGAGUUGGAGGAAGCUGAUGCGCUUCUCCCUCCCUACCCUUGCAUAGAAGGGCUUCUCUUUGACGUGGAAGGUUCGACCGAUGUGCUCAACACUCCAUUGCUUCUGUUCCAGGUCACGCGCUUGAAAUGCAGCGGAUUUAUAUUUGCCAUCCGUUUCAACCACACCAUGACCGAUGGAGCCGGCGUGUCGCUCUUUCUAAAGUCACUAUGCGAGUUGGCGUGUGGGCUUCAGGCGCCCUCGGUUCCACCCGUAUGGGACCGAAAUUUGUUGACUGUGAGUGCUUCCGAGGCGCGUGUGACCCACACGCACCGUGAGUACGAAGAUCAGGUGGAAAUCAAUGAGGUAGCGGCUGGAGAGCCUUUGGUUAGCCGAUCAUUCUUCUUUAGGGCGGACGAGAUCUCCGCCAUACGAAGACUUCUUCCGCAUGAUCUCCGCAAUACCUCAUUUGAAGCGUUGUCGUCAUUUUUAUGGCGUUGUCGGACAAUCGCGUUGAAUCCUGACCCCAACACUGAGAUGCGACUUACUAUCAUCAACUCUCGUUCCAAGCUUAGCAACCCACCUCUAUCGCCGGGUUACUAUGGAAACGUGUUCGUCAUUCCCCCGGCAAUAGCGAAAGCAAGGGAUCUUAUGGAGAAACCUCUUGAGUUUGCUUUGAGAUUGAUACAAAAAACGAAAUCCAUUGUAACGGAGGACUACGUCCGCUCGGUAACAGCCCUAAUGGCGACAAGAGGUCGGCCUAUGUUUGUGUUGGCGGGGAACUACAUAAUAUCUGAUUUGCGACAUUUUGAUUUGGGAAAAGUUGAUUUUGGGCCGUGGGGUAAGCCAGUGUAUGGUGGAAACGCUAAGGCCGGUAUCGCAGUUUUUCCGGGAGUGAGUUUCUACGUGCCGUUUGAGAAUAAAAAAGGUGAGACAGGUACCGUUGUGGCGAUUAGCUUGCCUGUACGGGCGAUGGAGAGGUUCAUAGCAGAGCUACAUGGCGUGGUAAAUGUGUUUUAAGAGAUGAACCAAAAAUCCUAAGUCUGUUAUGUCUUCGCACUUCGCUCUAAGAGCUGAGUCGAGACCGAGCCAUGCCAACACUAAGAGAUAUAAGAAGCGACUAAAAAAAAUGCCCAAUUCAAUUAAAAAAAAUCGUCAGAAAAAAAUAAAAGAACUAAAAUAACAAACGAAAGAU